GAAUUCAGUGUGGUGACUCGGGCGGAGUUGGCAUUGCUGUCGGGAAAUGAGCUCAAUCGUUAAGUUAGAAAGUAGUAAAAAUAACCGAAUUAGCGGGUUGAAAUUUACCCCACUGCUGGAUGUUAUUUCCCCAAAAAUGCGUCGUUUGAGGAGUGCUAUUUAGCAGUAGAGCUGCUUAAAUUCGUUUGAGAGCUGCCGUGAUCUGGAUUUACGGGAAGAGAAGAUUUUCUCGGGCCUGCUUUUCGUGAACGGACCCCUUGCAACUUUUUUAAAAAGUUUGCCGUUACAAUUGAACCUCUCGCUAAAUUCUCCAUUACCCGGUUCGAGUUACUUGCAUUGAGAUCCACAGAAACAGGCCUCACGCAGAUGGGAGUGUGUCCGCAGCACCUCAAAGGUGCACUCAAUCACUGGACUGUUAGUUUCACAUAAUCCACCAGUCAAGACAGACUGUUCAGUGUGGAAGAUGAUAAUAAAGGCUUAAAUCUUUGAUUAAAAGUCACUCUUUUGACUCUUGCCCCUCAUCCAAACAUUGGUUCAAAAACCUCCUAGGAGCUGAUCAUCAUUGAAUGUUUGAAACGACCCAUCAAGAUGAGUGCAGAAGGAUAUCAGUACAGAGCACUGUAUGACUACAAGAAAGAGAGGGAGGAGGAUAUUGACUUGCAUGUAGGGGACAUUCUUACAGUCAAUAAGGGUGCACUGCUUGCAGUCGGCUACACGGAUGGUAUCGAGGAGAGACCGGAUGAAAUCGGAUGGUUGCCUGGCUUUAAUGAAACCACUCAGGAAAAGGGGGACUUUCCUGGUACGUACGUGGAGUUCAUUGGCAAGAAAAAGAUUUCGCCACCAACUCCCAAACCAAGGCCCCCAAGGCCUCUACCUGUGGCCCCGGGUCCCACCAGGCCAGACUCUGAUUCUGAGCAAGGCCCUAGCAUUCUGUUCGACCUGACUGAGCAGUUCGCUCCUCCAGAGAUGGGGCCGCCAAUGCUGCUCAAGCUGCUGGAGGCCAUUGAGAGGAAAGGUAUAGACAACCCAACACUCUACAGAAACUUCACUGCCGGAGGUGGGCUUGAUGUCAGACAGUGUUUCGAUGGUGACCCAGCUUCGAUGGAUCUGGAGCAGAUGGACCUUCAGAUGUUGUGUGAUGGUCUGAGGAGGUUCCUUCAAGAUCUGCCUCAGCCUAUUAUCCCCUCUGCAAUAUACAGUGAGAUGAUGGGCAUUGCUCAAGAGGUGCAGGGUACAGACGAAUGCGCAAAUCACUUGCGGCUGGUCGCCAGCUCCUCUGCUCUGCCUCCACAGUACUGGCUGACCCUGCAGAGCUUGCUACGCCACUUCUCUCGCAUUUGCCAGGCCUCAGCGGCCAAUCUUCUCAGUGCCCGCGCCCUCGCUGAGAUCUUCAGCCCGGCACUCUUUAGACAUCAGCCCACCAGCUGUGAGCCCAGCCCAGAGGCACACAUCAGGAUCAUUGAAGUCCUUGUGACCAGUGAAUGGUGUGACAGUCAGGCGGCUCCAGCACUACCUCCCAAGCCGCCCAAACCGACGUCUGUCACUAACAACGGUAUGAACAAUAACAUGGCUCUGCAAGAUGCUGAAUGGUACUGGGGGGACAUCUCCAGGGAGGAGGUCAACGAAAAGCUUAGGGACACAGCUGACGGUACAUUUUUGGUCCGAGAUGCCUCCACUAAAAUGCAUGGGGAUUACACUCUCACUUUAAGGAAGGGUGGUAACAACAAGUUGAUUAAGAUCUUCCAUCGAGAUGGGAAGUACGGCUUUUCAGACCCCCUGACCUUCAACUCUGUGGUUGAACUGAUCAAUCACUAUCGGCACGAGUCGCUCGCCCAGUACAACCCCAAACUAGAUGUGAAGCUAUUGUAUCCUGUGUCCAAGCACCAACAGGAUCAGGUAGUGAAGGAGGACAACAUUGAAGCUGUUGGGAAGAAGUUGCACGAAUACCACCAGCAGUUUCAGGAGAAAAACAGAGAGUAUGACCGACUCUACGAGGAAUACACUAGAACAUCACAGGAAAUCCAAAUGAAACGUACUGCUAUUGAAGCCUUCAAUGAGACUAUAAAGAUCUUUGAAGAGCAAUGCCAGACGCAAGAACGGUACAGCAAGGAAUAUAUUGAAAAGUUUAGGAGAGAAGGCAAUGAUAAGGAAAUCCAAAGGAUCAUGGGGAACUAUGACAAAUUAAAGUCACGCAUCAGUGAAAUAGUGGACAGCAAGCGGCGUCUGGAGGAAGAUCUAAAGAAGCAGGCGGCGGACUACAGAGAGAUCGACAAGCGGAUGAACAGCAUUAAGCCUGACCUCAUCCAGCUCAGGAAGACCAGAGACCAGUACCUCAUGUGGUUGACACAGAAAGGAGUAAGACAAAAGAAGCUCAACGAAUGGCUGGGAAUCAAAAACGAGAACCAGGACGAUCAAUACUCAAUGGUGGAUGACGAUGAGGAUUUACCACACCAUGAGGAACGCUCCUGGAAACUGGGCAACAUUAAUCGUAUCCAGGCCGAGGCGCUUCUGCGGGGCAAGAGAGACGGAACAUUCCUGGUCAGGGACAGCAGCAAAGCUGGAUGUUACGCCUGCAGUGUUGUUGUGGAUGGCGAGGUCAAGCACUGCGUCAUCAACAAGACACCCACAGGAUACGGCUUUGCUGAGCCCUACAACCUUUAUAGCUCACUCAAAGAACUGGUCUUGCACUACCAGCACACGUCCCUGGUUCAGCACAAUGACUCUUUGAAUGUCACGUUAGCGCACCCAGUCUAUGCACACCAGAGGAGGUGAGGACUAGUUGAACAUACCCUUGGGACUUAUAAAAAAAGCAAAGAGAUAAGAAAGGGCCUCCCUCGUGUGGAGACGCCUCCAGUAGGGCUGUUGCUUUUUGUCUUGAAACGACUUUGUCGGAAAGACAAGAAAGCGAAACCCAAAACUAACAUUUCAGCCACUGAGACUUUCACCUGUCUGAAUGUAGUUUGAGCAGAAACUGCUAAACUUCAACUCUCCCAAAAUGAAGGACUUUUCCAAAUGGUGCUUGUUCAUUUCAAAGCUUUACCUGCUGCUGGAAUGUGGAACUUUGAAUUAAACCUCUGGAGGGCAUCUUUUUUAACCUCUUCUGCCCCCUACCUGCUCAGUUCAGGUCCCUUUUUCUGUGUUUGUGUGUCUACGAGCGAGCGAGAGAAUGUGAUGUGACCAAAACUCACAGUAUCUAAAAACUAUUGGGAUGUUCAGCUCGUUCUUCAUGAACAGACCAUGGAAUCAGCUGAUCAAAUGUAGCAAGAUGGCACUUUCGAAACAGUAUCUACAAGUUUUCCUGUAAGAGACUCCUACACAAAUGUUUGAAAUAACACGCCUCUUCUCAAAGGAGCUAAGCGACGAGAAGAAUGCUAGAAGCUGGAUGGCAUUUCCUUCAUGAGCAUUAUAGUGACAGACUCUAAAUCCAUUUCUCAUUUUUGGACUGGACUUAAAAGGAACUGAAACAUAGACUUCACGCUUUGUACAUACAGAUCGCAUCAAAGCUACGUGACAAAACCAUAUUGUACCAAAAAAGAAACGCAGUUCCUUCUCAGUUGUAUUCUAAUCUGCUAUGCAAAUUCUGUAUUUUCCAUCUUCUGCAGAGUUGUGAUUUUAUUUUUCACAUUGCUACCCAUAAUAUAAACUUGUUUUUAUUGCUUAAAGUCUUUUUUUAUGUCAGUAUCUAAGAGGAUAUUUUAAGUGUCAAAAUGGCAAGAAAGAUGGCUUCAUUUUACAGAAGGAGUGCAGGAAAAAAAAGUACUUUAUUACUUAUUUCUUUAUCAGCCGCUGGUAAAAUUAAAGAGAGAGUAUUUUAUUAGUCUUUUUCACUUGUAGCUGAUUUUCUCUUGGGCAGAGCCUGGAGGACAUUAGUGUGCUUCUGUCUGCAGUAUUGGUGAUAUAUGACAUUUUCACUAGAGCAAACAAAAUAAUAAAUCAUCACACCAUUUAAAUCACUGCAAUUGAAAGAUUUAUGUCAAACAACACAAUACUGCAGUUUCCCAAUCAAAUAUAGAGGUUUAUUUUGUGAUUAUUUGUUUCAUAAACAAAAGCAUAGUGAUUUGAUCCUUUGGAAUGAUGGACAAAACAUAGAUUUCGGUGAUAUACACCCUCUCAUUCCUUAUCGGCAUAGUACUUUUCUGUAUCAGAAAAUCCUUAAUAGUGUUGUUUACAUGGAUCAACUCAGACUAGUACCCAACGUUCAAGAUACCGCCACAUGCUCAGAAAUAUAAAGUCUACCAUUAGGAUGCAACACAGUUAGGGGAACAUAUCAGCUUGACAUUUUUCACAGCUAGCUAGCUACAGUAUUCUCAACUUUAUUAACGGUGACAUCAGUAUUGCUUUUGCCUUCCACUCACGUCUACGUUACAGUUACACUUGGCAAAUGCAUUGGAUGUUUUGCGUAAAUAAGCAUCAAUGUGACACCAGUAAUUUAUACGUUUUUUCACGUCACUUUUUUUUUUUUUUUUGCUGUUGGUCAGCUUUGCGGUCGUAUAUUUUGACAUUGUUUGAUGACUUGUUUUAACUAGGUCUGAUUGCCUUAAAAUUAGUUAGUUCAUAUUUUUAAAGCAGGUUGUAGGCUACUGUUGAAUUUAGCUGUUUCCAGAAUAUUAGAAGGUCUUCAAUGUAAGAUUUCAAGGAUAAUAAUUCUCAUGUUUCUCCCACGUUCAUAUGCACAAUUGUACUAUACCAUUAUUAUAUUCCCCAGGAGUUAGCAUAAAAAAUAAAAAAAAUAAAUCUUUUUUUUUUUUCAAUUUGAAUGUUUCUAAAAAUAAUAUAAAGGCUCGGCAAAGUCCCGUUCUUGUUGAGUAAACUUACACGUGGUUUGAGGGAAAUGUUCGAACUUUUAGGCCACUUAAACUUUUACUGCUUGUAAUUUCGAAACACGAUUCAAAGUUUACUUUUUUCAUUUAAGUUUUUCACUGAAUCUUUGCAAAUUGACCCUUGUUAAUAUACCUACUUGAUCUGGAUAAAAAAAUACUUUCAUGGUAACUCAUCUUGGGCUUUUGGUUUGGUUUUUUUUAGUCUCUGCUUCUACAUGUUGUACUCUAAUUUUCACCUUCUGCUUAAAGGCCACAAACUUCCGUGUUUCACAUGAUCAUGGUAGUCCUUUUUCUGCAGCCCCUGUUCUCAAAAAGUCUUGAAACAUUUUGUGAAUUAUCAUUUUUUUUAAUUGUAUAGGAUUGAUUUACAGACAUUGUUUCCACAGUGCUGAAAUUGAGAUUAACCGGUUUGUUCCAGUUCUAAAAAUGCUUUUUUUUUUUUUUUUUUAUUAAGAGAAA